CUCUGCCUCGCUCACUCGUCGUCCGGUGCGCGUCCGAAACUUAGGGGUUGCUCUCCUCUUCCUUUUGUUAACCCGUUUCUCACAUACCAAAUUACAAAAUGUCUGGUCUUGCGGAUCCAGUUGCAUUCGUUAAAGAUUUCGUGGCGGGUGGUGUGGCUGCCGCUAUCUCGAAAACGGCAGUCGCACCAAUCGAGCGCGUGAAGCUGUUGCUGCAGGUACAGCACAUCUCCAAGCAAAUCUCUGAGGAACAGCGUUACAAGGGUAUGGUAGAUUGUUUUGUGCGCAUUCCAAAAGAACAAGGAUUCUCCAGCUAUUGGCGUGGUAACUUUGCCAAUGUCAUCAGAUAUUUCCCAACCCAAGCUUUAAACUUUGCUUUCAAAGACAAAUACAAGCAAAUUUUCCUUGGUGGUGUUGACAAGAACACUCAGUUUAUGCGUUAUUUCCUUGGAAAUCUUGCCUCUGGUGGUGCUGCUGGUGCUACAUCUCUGUGCUUUGUCUACCCGCUUGACUUUGCCAGAACUAGGUUGGCUGCUGAUGUAGGCAAAGCUGGAGCUGAACGUGAAUUCUCAGGUCUUGGUAAUUGUUUGAGCAAAAUCUUUAAAGCUGAUGGUAUUGGUGGAUUGUACCGUGGCUUCGGGGUAUCCGUCCAGGGUAUCAUUAUCUAUCGCGCAGCCUACUUUGGUUUCUAUGACACUGCCCGUGGUAUGUUGCCAGACCCCAAGAAAACUCCUUUCCUUGUUUCAUGGGGUAUUGCACAGGCUGUAACAACCGUUGCUGGUAUUGUGUCUUAUCCAUUUGACACAGUACGUAGGCGUAUGAUGAUGCAGUCCGGUCGCGCCAAAUCUGAAAUUUUGUACAAGAGCACCAUUCACUGCUGGGGCACCAUUUACAAGUCAGAAGGUACUGGUGCUUUCUUCAAAGGCGCUUUCUCCAACGUUCUUCGUGGUACUGGUGGUGCGCUUGUGUUAGUACUUUAUGAUGAAAUUAAGAAUCUCCUUUAAAGUGUUAACAUUAUUCUCACCUCAUUACCUUCACAAUUGCAAGUACCAUCUCUAUUGUCCUCACCAUCUGAUUUGAAAGCAGUUCUCAAACCGAGUGAUUUCUAGACUGAAACAGUACACAUACUGUCGAAAAAUUCAGAAACAGCUCAAACUGAGGUAUUUCGGCAGUAACUCGUGAAAUACACAAAACUCGGCAGAAUAUGUAUCUUGACUGUAGAAGAGAAUUCGUUUAAUUUAUUGCCGGAUUCAGUAUUUUGCUGCAGUGGCUCACAUGUGUUAUUUUCAUAUUCCGUCUUCAUAGGAAAAGAGGGUUGAAUAAGAUAUAUUUAUAUGUAUCUAAAAAUUUAUGAGUAUGAAAUUAACAACAUGAUGGGUAUAUGAAAUGUUUGAUACAUGUGACUAUGUAGACGAUGGUUGAGACGCUAUGUAGUGAAAAUAAUUAUCUAAAAAAUACAAGCGUAUACAUACAAUUGAACGAGAGAAGGACGUGCGACGAAAUAACAUUACGGCGAUGGCGGGGCGCGUAGACUUGGGCCGCCCCCGCCCUUAUUCUCGGCCCGUUGUAGAUAUUUAAUAAACGAUCAUGAUAUCAGUGAAGUUCAUCGAGGUUCUGUGAACAGUAAUUUAAUUUCGCACUACUGACAGCUACGUGUAAGAUAAUGAGAAGCGUUACUCCGAGUGUAUGCAUCUGAUCUGUUCAUGUUAGGAUGCAUGCAAAGAAAACAGCAGAAUCAAUAAAGUGAUAUAAAAUUUCA